GGUCUCCGCCGCGAGCCGCCGCGCCCGGGACGGUGCGCAGCCUUCGCGCCCCGGCCCUGCGGAGUGAGCCGCCCGCCGCGGCCCCCCGAGCGCCCCGCCGCCGCCCCCCGCCGUCCCCGCCGCCCCGGGCGCGCCGCCAUGGGGCCCCGGCUCGGCCUCUGGCUGCUGCUGCCCGCCGCCCUCCUGCUCCACGAGGAGCGCAGUCGGGCCGCUGCGAAGGGUGGCUGUGCUGGCUCUGGCUGUGGGAAGUGUGACUGCCAUGGAGUGAAGGGACAAAAGGGUGAAAGAGGCCUCCCGGGGCUACAAGGUGUCAUUGGUUUUCCCGGAAUGCAAGGACCCGAGGGGCCGCACGGACCGCCGGGACAGAAGGGCGACACGGGAGAGCCAGGACUGCCAGGAACCAAAGGGACCCGAGGACCGCCAGGAGCAUCGGGUUACCCUGGAAACCCAGGACUUCCUGGUAUUCCUGGCCAAGAUGGUCCCCCAGGUCCCCCCGGGAUCCCAGGUUGCAAUGGGACAAAGGGAGAGAGAGGGCUCCUGGGGCCUCCGGGCCUGCCUGGGUUCACUGGACACCCCGGACCACCAGGAUUGCCAGGAAUAAAGGGAGAUCCAGGUGAAAUACUCGGCCAUGUGCCCGGGGCCCUGCUGAAAGGUGAAAGAGGAUUUCCUGGGACCCCCGGAACACCGGGCUCACCAGGAUUGCCAGGGCUACAAGGUCCCAUUGGCCCCCCAGGAUUUACUGGACCACCGGGUCCCCCAGGCCCUCCUGGCCCUCCGGGUGAAAAGGGACAAAUGGGCUUGAGUUUUCAAGGGCCAAAGGGUGACAAGGGUGAUCAAGGGGUCAGUGGGCCCCCAGGAGUGCCGGGACAAGCCCAGGUUAAAGAAAAAGGAGAAUUUGCCACCAAAGGAGAGAAGGGUCAAAAAGGUGAACCUGGAUUUCAGGGAAUGCCAGGAGCUGGAGAGAAGGGUGAACCCGGAAAACCAGGGCCCCGAGGAAAACCUGGAAAAGAUGGUGAAAAAGGAGAAAAAGGGGGUCCAGGAUUUCCAGGCGAUUCCGGGUACCCAGGACUCCCAGGCCGAGAAGGUUUUAAGGGAGACAAAGGCGAAGCAGGUCCCCCAGGCCCACCUGGCAUUGUUAUUGGCACAGGACCCCUGGGAGAAAAAGGAGAGCGGGGGUACCCAGGAAGCCCAGGGUUGAGAGGAGAGCCGGGCCCCAAAGGUUUCCCAGGAUUGCAAGGCCAACCAGGCCCUCCAGGCAUCGUGAUACCAGGGCAGGCUGGUGCUCCCGGCUACCCUGGCGAAAGAGGAGAAAAAGGUGACCAGGGGUUUCCAGGCACAUCUUUGCCAGGACCAAGCGGAAGGGAUGGGCUCCCAGGCCCUCCCGGGCCCCCCGGGCCCCCUGGGCAGCCAGGCCACACGAAUGGAAUCGUGGAGUGCCAGCCCGGACCUCCUGGGGACCAGGGGCCUCCUGGAAUCCCGGGGCAGCCGGGGCUAACGGGGGAAGUUGGAGAGAAAGGUCAGAAAGGAGAAAGCUGCCUCAUCUGUGACACAGCAGGACUUCGCGGGCCCCCUGGGCCGCAGGGUCCCCCAGGGGAAAUAGGUUUCCCGGGACAGCCAGGGGCCAAGGGUGACAGAGGCUUACCUGGCAGAGAUGGUCUUGAAGGAUUGCCUGGACCACAAGGUGUCCCGGGGCUGAUGGGCCAGCCAGGAGCCAAGGGAGAGCCUGGCGAGUUUUACUUCGACGUGCGCCUCAAGGGAGACAAAGGAGACCCGGGUUUCCCAGGACAGCCCGGAAUGCCAGGCAGAGUGGGGACUUCUGGGAGAGAUGGCCAUCCGGGUCUGCCCGGCCCCAAAGGCUCUCCGGGUUCAGUAGGACUGAAAGGAGAACGUGGCCCCCCCGGGGGAGCUGGAUUCCCCGGCAGUCGCGGUGACAUUGGUCCUCCUGGGCCUCCAGGGUUCGGCCCCAUUGGUCCCAUUGGUGACAAAGGACAGCCAGGCUUCCCUGGAAACCCUGGAUCCCCAGGCCAGCCAGGUCCCAAGGGUGACGCAGGAAGAGUGAUGCCCCUACCUGGCCCCCCUGGGACGGAAGGACUCCCGGGGUCCCCCGGCUUCCAGGGCCCCCAAGGGGACCGAGGCUUCCCUGGCACCCCAGGAAGGCCGGGCCUCCCAGGAGAGAAGGGCUCCGUUGGCCAGCCUGGCAUUGGAUUUCCAGGGCCUCCCGGGCCCAAAGGUGUUGAUGGCCUCCCUGGGGACUUGGGACCUCCUGGGAAUCCUGGUCGCCCAGGAUUUAAUGGCUUACCUGGCAACCCAGGUACACCUGGUCAAAAGGGAGAGCCUGGAGUUGGUCUGCCAGGACUCAAAGGAUUGCCAGGUCUUCCUGGCAUUCCCGGCGCACCUGGGGAGAAGGGAAGCAUCGGAGGACCAGGCAUUCCCGGGGAGCACGGGGAUAUUGGCCCCCCAGGCCUUCAGGGAAUCAGAGGUGACGCGGGACCUCCUGGAUUACAAGGUCCCAAAGGAGCUCCAGGAGUUCCUGGAAUCGGCCCCCCUGGAGUGAUGGGCCCCCCAGGAGGACAGGGACCACCAGGGUCCUUAGGCCCCCCUGGAGUGAAAGGAGAGAAGGGCUUCCCUGGAUUCCCAGGUCUGGACAUGCCGGGCCCCAAAGGCGAUAAAGGCACCCAAGGGCUCCCCGGCCUGACGGGGCAGUCGGGGCUCCCUGGCCUUCCCGGGCAGCAGGGCACCCCCGGCCUUCCUGGGUUCCCAGGCUCCAAAGGAGAGAUGGGUGUCAUGGGGACCCCGGGACAGCCCGGCUCGCCAGGACCAGCUGGUGUGCCAGGAUCGCCAGGCGAGAAAGGAGACCUCGGCUUCCCGGGCUCCUCAGGCCCCAGGGGAGACCCUGGCUUCAAAGGCGAUAAAGGAGAUGUUGGUCUCCCUGGCAAGCCUGGGUCCAUGGAUAAAGUGGACAUGGGCAGCAUGAAGGGUCAGAAGGGAGACCAAGGAGAGAAAGGACAGAUUGGACCAAUUGGUGAUAAAGGAUCCCGGGGAGAUCCUGGAACCCCAGGAGUACCUGGGAAAGACGGCCAAGCAGGGUUUCCUGGGCAGCCAGGACCUAAAGGUGAUCCUGGCAUAGGUGGAACCCCAGGUGCCCCGGGACUUCCUGGACCGAAAGGAUCAGUGGGUGGAAUGGGCCUGCCAGGAACACCUGGAGAAAAAGGUGUGCCUGGAAUCCCCGGCCCGCAGGGGGUCCCGGGCUUACCCGGGGAGAAGGGAUUGAAGGGAGAGAAGGGGCAGUCAGGUCUCCCUGGCAUCGGAAUUCCGGGACGGCCCGGGGAUAAGGGCGAUCAAGGGAUUGCAGGUUUCCCAGGAAGUCCUGGAGAGAAGGGAGAAAAAGGAAGCACUGGGAUUCCGGGCAUGCCCGGGGCUCCAGGCCCCAAAGGCUCGCCGGGGAGUGUCGGCUACCCAGGAAGCCCUGGGUCGCCUGGAGAAAAAGGUGACAAAGGCCUCCCUGGAUUGGAUGGUGUCCCUGGCAUCAAAGGACAAGCAGGCCUUCCGGGGCAGGCUGGUCCCACAGGCCCAGUUGGCCAGAAAGGGGAGCCCGGCAGCGACGGAAUCCCGGGCUCGGCGGGAGAGAAGGGCGAACCAGGUCUACCAGGAAGAGGAUUCCCAGGGUUCCCAGGGACCAAAGGCGAGAAAGGUUCAAAGGGCGACGUGGGUUUCCCAGGACUAGCUGGGAGUCCAGGAAUUCCUGGAUCCAAAGGCGAGCAAGGAUACAUGGGUCCUCCGGGGCCACAGGGACAGCCAGGGUUGCCCGGAGCACCAGGCCACCCCGUAGAGGGACCCAAGGGAGACCGAGGCCCGCAGGGACAACCCGGCCUGCCAGGACUUCCGGGACCCAUGGGGCCUCCGGGGCUCCCCGGGCUCGAUGGGCUGAAAGGCGACAAGGGAAACGCAGGCUGGCCAGGGGCUCCCGGUGCUCCAGGGCCCAAAGGAGACAUAGGGUUCCAGGGCAUGCCCGGGAUCGGUGGUUCUCCAGGAAUCACAGGUGCUAAGGGUGACACAGGACUUCCAGGAGUUCCAGGAUUCCAAGGUCAGAAAGGUCUCCCCGGCCUCCAGGGAGUUAAAGGAGAUCAAGGAGACCAAGGCUUCCCUGGAACUAAAGGUCUUCCCGGCCCCCCAGGCCCCCCGGGUCCUUACGAUAUCAUCAAAGGGGAGCCAGGGCUCCCUGGUCCUGAGGGCCCCGCAGGGCUGAAGGGGCUUCAGGGCCCUCCAGGCCCCAAAGGACAGCAAGGUGUGACAGGAUCGGUGGGCUUACCUGGACCACCAGGUAUUCCCGGGUUUGACGGUGCCCCUGGCCAGAAAGGAGAGACGGGACCUUUCGGACCUCCUGGUCCGAGAGGUUUCCCGGGGCCUCCAGGCCCUGAUGGGCUGCCAGGAUCCAUGGGUCCCCCAGGAACCCCGUCUGUAGAUCAUGGCUUCCUUGUGACCAGGCACAGUCAAACCAUCGAUGACCCACAGUGUCCUCCUGGGACCAAAAUCCUUUACCACGGGUACUCCCUGCUCUAUGUUCAAGGCAACGAACGAGCCCACGGCCAGGACUUGGGCACGGCCGGCAGCUGCCUGCGUAAGUUCAGCACGAUGCCUUUCCUCUUCUGCAACAUCAACAACGUCUGCAACUUCGCCUCCCGGAACGACUAUUCCUACUGGCUGUCCACUCCGGAGCCCAUGCCCAUGUCAAUGGCCCCCAUCGCUGGGGACAACAUCAGGCCGUUUAUCAGCAGGUGUGCAGUGUGCGAGGCGCCGGCCAUGGUGAUGGCCGUGCACAGCCAGACCAUCCAGAUCCCGCAGUGCCCGCAGGGCUGGUCCUCGCUCUGGAUUGGCUACUCCUUUGUGAUGCACACGAGCGCUGGUGCCGAAGGUUCUGGCCAAGCCCUUGCGUCCCCUGGCUCCUGUCUGGAAGAGUUUAGAAGUGCACCAUUCAUCGAGUGCCACGGCCGUGGGACUUGUAAUUACUAUGCAAACGCUUACAGCUUUUGGCUUGCCACUAUAGAGAGAAACGAGAUGUUCAAGAAGCCCACGCCGUCCACCCUGAAGGCUGGGGAGCUGCGCACACACGUCAGCCGCUGCCAAGUCUGCAUGAGAAGGACAUAGUGAAGCCGGGCCUCAGCUAGUCAACAUGGUGCUACUCCCCCGUCCCCUUCUGUUUUAACAGCAACAAAUCCUAGAAAUAUAUCCCGUGUACCUCACUGUCCAAUACAGAAACCGUAAAGUGCCUUAUAAGACCUCGCGUAACUAACACCCCCCCGCUUCGUUGGCCUCUACUUGCUGAAGGAGAAACAAAGACCACAAUACACUGUCGGUAGUGACAUACCAAAUGGCACUUUUGCUGAAAUAAAAAUAUAAGUCUGUUCUACAGCCCGGUGCAGUGAUGUGUCACGUGAGAACUCCAUCAGAAAACCGAAGGGUGCUAGGAGGCGUGCCGGCCUCCAUCCUGCCUGAACGCCCGUUCUCAUCCUUGUACUAGCAUAGAGUCAUUUCUCACCCCCGGAUGAAAUGUUUGUUUAUGUCACUGUCUCGCUGUUUCAAAAUUUAGGUCCCUUGGUCUGUAUAAGUAACAGUCAUGUAAAAAUGGUGUUUUGAACCUCUGAGUGGAAUUACGGGCUCAGCGGCCAUAUCUUCCAUCCCCCAAAUAUAAAUUGAGGUCUUUCUGCUCUGUGUGGUACUGCGUAGCUGCUUUUACAGAGAUCACAAAUUUCCUGUGGAAUAAAGAUGGUCCAAAAGUAGGCAGAAAUUAAAUAUAUAUAUAUUUUAGUAAUUUAUAUAGAUGUCAGCAAUUAGGCAGGGCAAGUUUUAGUUUCAUUUCCACCGUUACAAUAAAGCUUACAUAGUUUCUUCCUUUAAAAGACCGUUGUCCUUUAACAUAGGUUUCUAAACACUAAGCUAUUGAAUGUGAAACAUCAGUUUUCAUUGUUCACCUCCAAACCAAAAAGCGUGUGUUGCCAAAACCAAACCAGGUUCAUGCCUAUGGUGCCUAUUAUAGUGAAACAUGUACUUAAUGUUUUUAUUCUGUAUUAAAUAUCUUCAGGGUUUUACACACUAAUCACAAACUGAAUGACUUGACUUCAAAAGCAACAAGCUUAAAAGGCCUUCAUUUUAUUAGUAUUCCUCAUUCUGCAGCCUGGCGUGAAGAGCAGCUCUGUUGAAUCUAUCUGUUCAACAGCUAUGUUGAAAAGCUAUCAGUGUCUUCACAUGCCAGCACAUUCAGGUGGCCGUCUCGGUGGCCCGUGAGCUGUGUUCAGACUUCGGCAGGGGCGCGGAUGGAUAGCAGGAGAGCACAAUCGGACCACUGUGCCUGAAAUGACAUUUCACUAAAGGUCUCCAGAACGUUUUUAAGACUACUAAGGCCUUUUAUGUAAUUUCUUUAAAUGUGUAUUUCUUAAGAACUCAAAUUUGUAAUAAAACUAUUUGUGUAAAAAUUAAGCUUUUAUUAAUUUGUUGCUAGUAUUGCCACAGAAACAUGGAAAGUUCUGCACAAGCCACUAAUAAAUUUGUAAGCUUUGUAUACCUUA